AUGUCGCCUGGUUUUAUCGUCCCUCACUAUGAACAAGACUGUAGUGCACUUAAGAAAAUGGAAUGGGAGUGGAGGAAUCAAGAAGUCCAACAAGAAGAUGAUCUCUUUUCUUCAGGCUUUGAUCUUUUUGGGGAGCCCUACAAGACAAACAAAGGUGAUACACUUGCCAAUCGAGUCCAGAACAUGCUGGAAAACUAUGAUGAAAUGAAGGAUUUAUUAACUAAUCAUUCUAAUCAGAAUCAUCUAGUUGGAAUCCCAAAGAAUUCUGUGCCCCAGACUCCCAUCAACAAAAACAAACCAAGUUUUUUCCCAGAACAAAAGAACCAAAUGAUCCCACCUUACCAGGAUAAUACUCACCCUGCAGCACCAAUGCCUCCACCUUCUGUUGUGAUACUGAAUUCAACUCUAAUACACAGAAACAAGAAAUUAAGACCUGACUGUUCACGACAUAGUCAUAACACUAGCAGUGUACUGGUAAGCCAGACCAGUAAUCAGCCAAAUAAGAUGCAGGCAUCUGAACAGGACCAGCCCCAAACUAGACUGGAAGACUUCUUUAUUUACCCAGCUGAACAGCCUGAAGUUGGGACACUUGAAGAGUUAAAUCCAUCAGCAAAGGAAGACACUAAUCUCAAAUCCAGUGCAGGUGGUACAUUCAAAGACAUAUUUCAAUCCAAUGCACCAGAAGAAUAUAAAUUUACAGUGCAAGCACCUGGGUCUCCCCUAGUUGCAUCUUCUUUAUUGGCUCCUAGCAGUGGCCUUUAUAUUCAAAACUUCCCAUCAGGGCUUUACUGCAAAACAAGCAUGGGGCAGCAAAAACCAACUGCAUAUGUCAGACCCAUGGAUGGCCAGGACCAGGCGCCAGACAUCUCUGCAACACUGAAACCUUCAAUUGAAUUUGAUAACAGUUUUGGGACUCUGUCAUUUGGAUCCCUGUUGGAUGGAAAACUCAGUACAGCCAGUUCAAAGACUAAGCUAUCAAAGUUCACAAUUCUCCAGACAAGUGAAGUAAGCCUUCCCAGUGAUCCAAGCUUUGAGGAAAUCUUGCUGGAACCUCAACAUCUGACUCCAGGAUUAGCCUUACAAAAAUGGAGCAACCCAACCAGCAAAGCUUCUACAAAGUCAGUAUCUCUUAAGUUAAUGCUUGAGGAUGACCUGACGUUGAGCAGUGAUGAAGAUGAUCUUAAACCUCUGAGGUCCUUGACCACUCAGUACACUGCCACUGAGCUAUACCAGGCUAUUGAAAAGACAAAAUCUAAGAAUAAUCCUGUGAACCCACUCUUGAGGACACCUCAGCUCCCAACUGCAGUGCAAGCCACUGGGGGAUCUGGCAGCUCCAGUGACUCAGAGAGCAGCUCAGAGACUGACUCAGAGACUGAAAGCAGCACCACAGACAGCGAAUCCAAUGAGUUGCCUCAUGUGGCCACUCCAGAGCCUGAGCCGCCCACAACCAACAAGUGGCAGUUGGAUAAGUGGCUUAACAAAGUGACAUCCCAGAACAAAUCAUUUAUUUGUGGCCAAAAUGAGAUACCCAAGGAGACUAUUUCUGUGCCUCCAGCAAUCAUCCAACCAAUGGAAGUCCAGGGCAAAGUGAAUACAAUCCCCAGCCAGGUCCUGGAUGAACCCAAAGAGAGGCCUCUUCUCAGUCUCAUCAGGGAGAAAGCCUGGCCACGGCCCACCCGGAAAACUCCAGAAGCAAAGGCUUUGAAGAAUAAGUUUUCAGAAACUAUUGAUACAGCUUCCCAAAAGACAAUUGGGAAAAAACAGCCCAAAAUGUUUGAUAAGAAUACCAACAUUGAUGAGUUUACCUGGCCCAAACCAAAUAUAACCAGUAGCACUCCCAAAGAAAAAGGAAGUAUGGAGCAUCCGGAUGCACCAAGAAGCCGCAACAAAGCCACUGCCCACAAAGCAGUCCCUAGAAAAGAACCAAGGCCUAACAUUGCAUUGGCUGCCGAGAAAAAUAAAUGCAGAGGGCUUGGAAAAAUUGCCCCAAAGUCCCAGGAUCUCAUUGAAACAGAUUCAUCUAUGUCUGAUUGUAACACAGAUCAGGGAGAAACCUUGCAGAUCAAAGUCCUGUCUCCUUGUACUGUUCCUGGGGGCAAUUUUGCCAAAUCCAAGGAAACCUGUGGUGCUAGCCUGACCUUCAACACCUUAAUCAGUUGCAGCAGAAAUAACAAUUUAUUCAUCAGUAAUGAGGAGCUGGCUUUUUCACCCAUCCCUGUCAUGCAAUCUGAGCUUCUAUCCCCUCUACAAGAGCAAGAGAAUCUGAGAAAUCUCUGGGUGAAGAUUGACCUUGACUUACUAUCUCAAGUACCUGGCCACAACUCACACCAAGCAGCACCAGCCAAGACAGACCACAGGGGGACCACCUCAAAACCUAAGCACCGCAUUGCUGGGGCAAAUGCUGAAAAAAACACACCUAAAGGCAAGCGUAAGCACAAACCAACAGAAGUCUCGGAGAAAAUCCCUGAGAAGAAGCAACGCCUGGAGACCACCACUAUCUGCCUGCUCCCUCCUUGCAUCUCUCCAGCUCCAUCACACAAGCCUCUCUGCUCUAAAGAAAAUAAUUCAUCCAGAAGAUCUAAUAGAAGAAAAGAAGAAAAGCUCUUCCCUCCUUCACUUUCUCCACUGCCAGAGGAUCCUCCACACCAUAGAAACAUCAGUGGCAAUAACAUUUCCAUCAGUCAAGACAAAAACAUCCCUGUGAUUGGACAGAUCACCUCUGCAAAAUCUAAGAAGAGUGAAAGCAAAUUCUGUGCUACCUUUAAAGGAAUACCUGAGAGAGACACACCAAAAAAGGCAGCCUCUGCCACCGUUACUGUCACCAACACUGCUAUUGCCACUGCUACCACCACUGAAAUUGUCACUGCCCCUGUCAUGGCCACUGCCACUGCUACUGCCACAGCCACUACCACAAGCACUACCAGUACCAUUUCCACCACCACCUCUACUAUUACUACUGGCCUAAUGGGUAGCAGUCACCUGGAGAUGACGUCCUGGGCAGCCCUGCCCCUUCUGUCCACCAGCACCACCAGUGUCCGGAGACCCAAGCUCACUUUUGAUGACUCGGUUCACAAUGCUGAUUAUUACAUGCAAGAGGCUAAGAAGCUGAAGCACAAAGCUGAUGCACUGUUUGAGAAAUUUGGCAAAGCUGUGAAUUAUGCUGAUGCAGCCCUGUCUUUCACCGAAUGUGGCAAUGCCAUGGAGCGCAACCCUCUGGAAGCAAAGUCUCCAUAUACCAUGUACUCUGAGACUGUGGAGCUCCUGAGGUAUGCAAUGAGACUGAAGAACUUUGCAAGCCCCUUGGCUUCAGAUGGGGACAAAAAGCUGGCAGUAUUAUGCUACCGAUGUUUAUCACUUCUAUACUUGCGGAUGUUUAAACUGAAGAAAGACCAUGCAAUGAAGUACUCCAGAUCACUGAUGGAAUAUUUUAAGCAAAAUGCUUCAAAAGUCACUCAGAUACCAUCUUCGUGGGUAGGCAAUGGGAAGAACCCUUCAUCCCCAAUGUCUCUCAACAACAUCUCUCCCAUCAAUACAAUGGGGAACUGUAACAAUGGCCCAGUCACCAUCCCCCAGCGCAUUCACCAUAUGGCUGCCAGUCAUGUCAACAUCACUAGCAACGUGUUACGGGGCUACGAGCACUGGGACAUGGCUGACAAACUGACAAGAGAGAACAAAGAAUUCUUUGGUGAUCUGGACACAUUGAUGGGGCCUUUGACCCAGCAUAGCAGCAUGACCAAUCUUGUCCGCUACGUUCGCCAGGGACUGUGUUGGCUGCGCAUCGAUGCCCAUUUGUUGUAG